CGGGUUAGGCCACGCCCCUUGACUCCUACCUGCAGAGUAGUGUGGUAAAAUCUCCCCACUCCCACCUGGACAAACACUGACGUUAAGAUGAGUCUACCAGACUUCAAAUCUCCUCAGAAACAGCCCGCAGUCUCGAGCUCUGCAGUUUUGCAGUUGAACGUUGGAGGUCACAUGUUCGUCACGUCUCUGGGCACGCUCAGGAAACACCCUGACUCCAAGCUGGCUGAGCUGUUCAGCGGACAGCCCAAACUACGCACAGACUCACAGGGACGCUACUUCAUCGACCGCAAUGGAUCACACUUUGGAGCCAUCCUGGAGUUCCUGAGAUCAGACUGGCUGCCCACGGAGAACAUCCAGGAGGUUCACAGGGAGGCAGUAUACUACAACAUCAAACCUCUGAUCAAACGUCUGGAGGAAACUCCUCAGUUGUUUGGAGAGCUGGUGGCCAGGCAGCAGUUCCUCUCCAGAGUCCCUCAUUAUAAAGAAAACAUCGAGGUUUUGAUUCGCAUCGCCAGAGCCGAGGCCAUAGCUGCUCGUCAGUCCACCAUCAUGAUCUGUGUGCUGCGGACAGAGGAGGAUUUUGGUCUCUAUGACAGCGCCAUCAACAGCCUGGAGGCGGAUAGGGAGUCAGUGGUGACGUUUGGACCGUGGAAGGCCGUCCCGUCUGUUAAAGACCUGCUGGACUGUGUAAAGAUGGACAUUGAGAGUCAGGGCUACAGCGUUAGCAUCCAACCUCACAUCAUGGAGAAGGGCUUCAUGUCCAAGAGCUACGACUUCUUCUACAGAGUGACGUUCACCUGGUGGUGAUGAGAAGAAUCUUUUCUGUUGUCAAUCAGCAGAAAUCUGUACAUACUGUUACCACAUUUUAAUUAAAGUUGUUGAAUAGUU